CAGCACCAGCUCCUGUUCUGCCUUCAGCACAACCUCAGGCAGUCCUGAAUGGAGAGCACCUCAGACCAUGUGCAAUAAGUUGUGAAGUCGGAGCGAGCAGCAGGAGACCUUGAGGAGCAUGAGAGCACCAGGAAUGUCCAGGACCACGCCACUGCUGUAGCUUGUGAAGUUCUCUCUGGGGGAAUUAGCUUCAAAAACGAGCAACAGGAGCUUACUGGAGGGACUCGGAGUAACUGUCCUGAAGUUCAUGUAGAAAACUGGACCCCCUUUGACAUAGUUUGGGGUAUUUUCUUUGUCGAUUUAUUUGAGACAUUCUUAUUUGUAUUCAUUCACGUUCUCUAACCGGAGACUCCAAAGCUUGGAAGGAGUUGGACGUUUGUGGGGGAGAACACGCUAAGAACCCCUGACUCAGCAACGCUCUCAGCAGGCGGUUGGAGGUCAUGUUCCCUGUACUGAAGUGGUUGGUUCUGCUGUGUGGAAUGCGCACGCUUGUUGCGCAGGAGUUCCAUGAAGAGCGCGAGGAGAUAGUGGUGUCCACCCGGGGAAGGGUCAAACUGCCCACGGCCAACGCUAUCCCUCAAAACGGAGAAUUGCUCGGCGGCGAGGACUGCGGCGUGGAGGUGGCCUUCCUGGUAGACAGCUCGGAGAGCGCCAAGGAGCACCACGCUCAGGAGAAGCGGCUGGCCACCGAUGUGGCUGAGCGGCUGCAGGGCGUGCGGCUGGCGUCGGGCCGCGGCGUGUCCUCGAGGGCCGCCCUGCUGCAGUACAGCAGCCACGUGAUCGUUGAGCAGACCUUCGCGCAGUGGCGCGGCGUGCAGGACUUCAAGGCGCGCAUCGCCCCGAUCGUGUACAUCGGCCACGGCACCUACGCCACGUACGCCAUCACCAACCUGACGCGGCUCUACCUGGAGGAGUCGCCGGUGGCCAGCAUCAAGGUGGCCAUCCUGCUGUACGACGGCAACUCCCACCCCCGCAACCCGGACAUCCUGGCGGCGGUGGCGGACGCCAAGAACCAGGGUGUGCGCUUCUUCACGAUCGGUAUCACGCCGCAAGCCAACGAGGUGUCGAACGUGGGCAUGCUGCGGCAGAUUGCCAGCUCGCCCGCCGCGCGCUACCUCCACAACCUGCAGGACCGCGGCAUCGUGGACAAGGUGGUCAAGGAGAUUACCCAGCUGGCCGAGGACGGGUGUCCGGUCGCCAAAAGUCAGUGCGCGUGUCAGAAGGGCGAGAGGGGCCCCGUCGGCCCCGCGGGCAAGAAGGGGCGUUCAGGCGAAGAUGGAACCCCAGGUAUCAAAGGUUUUAAGGGAGAGAGCGGACUUAGCGGACUCCCUGGUCGCGACGGCUCCGAGGGGAAAUCCGGCUACAAAGGAGAGAAGGGAGAAAGGGGAGAAUGUGGAACACCUGGCAUUAAAGGCGAACGGGGUGUGGAGGGCCCCACAGGGAACCGAGGAAUCCGGGGACUACAGGGUCUGGCCGGUCCCCCCGGUGACAUCGGCCCUGAAGGUCCUCUCGGACGCAAAGGGGACCGGGGACUCUCAGGACCACCUGGGGUCCAGGGGGAGACCGGGAUCGGACUGGCAGGACCCAAGGGUGACAUCGGUUUCCAGGGACGACUGGGCCCACCCGGCCCUCCGGGUCUUGGGGAGCACGGACCACCGGGGCCUCAAGGGCCACAGGGGGUCCAAGGGGAGAAGGGGCCCCUCGGCGAGGGCCUACCGGGGUCCAAAGGCGAGCGAGGCCAGGAGGGGCCCCGGGGCCCGAGAGGAAUGGUCGGGGCUGGAAUCAAAGGGGACAAGGGGGACUAUGGCUCUCCAGGUCUUCCUGGGCCACUUGGCCUCACCGGGGCUGGAAUUCAAGGAGAGAAGGGCGUGGAGGGCCCUCGGGGGCCAUCAGGAAUAAGGGGACCCCCAGGUGAGGGUCUCCCUGGAUCUAAGGGCGACCAAGGGUUUCCAGGAGAAGUGGGGGCCACAGGAGAACGAGGGGCAGGGGAACCAGGAGGAAAGGGUGAACCCGGGUCCACAGGAUUGGGGGGUCUACCAGGCCUUCCAGGAGAAGACGGGUCUCCUGGCCAGAAGGGAGAACCUGGCCCUAUUGGUUUCCGCGGCUCAGAAGGUGCUCCUGGAAUCGGCACCCAGGGUGAAAAGGGAGACCAAGGCCAGAGAGGGAUCAGAGGUCUGGCCGGUCCUCCUGGGAUAUCUGGACCCUCCGGACCAAAGGGUGAACCCGGGAUCCCUGGACGGCUCGGUUUACCAGGACUCCCCGGCCGUGGUAUCAUUGGACCAAAGGGGGAUCUCGGUCCGUCCGGUCCACCUGGUCCUAUUGGAGAAAAUGGUUAUGGACAUCCUGGUCCCAAGGGGGACCGUGGAGAAUCCGGUCCAUCAGGGCCUUACGGUCCCAAAGGCGAGGGCUUCCCAGGCCCAUCGGGCCCUCCCGGACUACCGGGCCUCAUGGGCGAGCCGGGGCCUGAAGGAGUAGGAAUCCCAGGACCAAAGGGGGAUAUUGGUUUCCGAGGGUUGCCAGGUUUACCAGGACCCAUCGGCGAGGGGAUUCAAGGACCAAUGGGUAAUACUGGAAGACCAGGGCCUUCGGGACCCACUGGGCCCCCAGGACAAGGCUUUCAGGGACCCAAGGGGGACCAGGGGUCACAGGGUGUGUCUGGGCCAAGGGGCCCGCCCGGAGAGGGAGUGCAGGGGCCUAAAGGGGACCGUGGCUCGGCGGGGGAGAGAGGGCUGAAGGGAAUCAGAGGAGACCUCGGAGAUGCCGGCGUCCCUGGAGAAUCGGGUCGACCAGGCAUCAAAGGUGAAGCGGGCCUGACUAGAGACGACAUUAUUCGGAUGAUCAAGGAAAUUUGUGGCUGCGGCGUCAAGUGCAAGGAGCGGCCCAUGGAGCUGGUGUUUGUCAUCGACAGCUCCGAGAGCGUGGGACCCGAGAACUUCGAGAUCAUCAAGGACUUUGUGGCGGCGCUGGUGGACCGCGUGACGGUGGGCCGCAACGCCACACGCAUCGGCCUGGUGCUGUACAGCCUGGAGGUGCGGCUGCAGUUCAACUUGGCGCGCUACAUGACCAAGCAUGACGUCAAGCAGGCCAUCCGCAACAUCCCCUACAUCGGCGAGGGCACGUACACCGGCACGGCCAUCCGCAAGGCCACCCAGGAGGCCUUCUACAGCGCCCGCAGCGGGGUCAGCAAGGUGGCCAUCGUCAUCACCGACGGACAGACGGACAAGAGGGAGUCGGUGAAGCUGGACAUGGCGGUGCGCGAGGCUCACGCCGCCAACAUCGAGAUGUUUGCGCUGGGCAUCGUCAACAGCUCGGACCCCACGCAGGCCGAGUUCCUCCGGGAGCUCAACCUGAUCGCCUCGGACCCGGACACGGAGCACAUGUUCCUCAUCGACGACUUCAACACUCUCCCGGCUCUGGAGUCCAAGCUGGUCAGCCAGUUCUGUGAGGACGAGAACGGAGCGCUGAUCUACAACCGUCUUACCAACGGCUACAACGGCAACGGCCACAAUGGACACAACGGACACAACGGGAACAACGGACACAACGGGAACAACGGACACAACGGGAACCACGGCAACAACGGGAACCAUGGCAUUGCCGGCCACGGCCAGCGGCCCAAUGGAGGGCAGGAGUUGCAGAGAGGCGGCCAGACCAUCAGCACCAGUGGCGUCGUCGUCAGGACCGAAGUCCACGGACGGCCGGAGGUGGGGGCCGAGACCGUUAGAGGAUCCUCCACGGGACAGGCUCAACGUCACCAGACCACCACAGCAGGGGAAGGAGUUAACCGCAACCCCUCCACCAUCAGACCAGUUCAGCCGGCCAGGGAGAGCCCCUCCUCCUCUGGCACUUCCUCUUCAUCGUCGUCGUCUUCGUCAUCAUCAUCCUCAUCCUCAUCCCCUUCUUCUACAAACGGGACAUCUGUGCAGUAUGUGCCUGUAGUCAGACCUGCCCUACCUAAAGAGUUCGCCCCCUUGGACCCCCGCUGUGGGCUGGUCUUGGACCAGGGGCCGUGCCGGGACUACAACAUCCGCUGGUACUACGACAAGCAGGCCAACGCCUGCGCCCAGUUCUGGUACGGCGGCUGCAACGGCAACACGAACCGCUUUGACACGGAGGAGGAGUGCAGGCGGACAUGUGUGAUAUCCACAGUGGCGGGCACGCUCUGAUGAACCGUCAUGCCACGAGCUGCCACGCCCCUUUUUACAUUCAGUCGCUCAUUCACUCACUCGUAUGACAUUUAUGCAUUAGGCCGCUCACUCACUCACGCACUCACUCACUAAGAUAACGUGUUCACGUGUUCUUCGUUCACUCAUUCCUACGGCAGUUACUGAUUAAGACGAGUCUCCAUUUGCAUUCACUCAUUCACUCACUCAUAUGACAUUUAUGCAUUAGACUGCUCACUCACACACUCACUCACUCACGAAGAGGGCAUUCACGUUUUUAUCAAUUAAAUCACUCGUAUGGCAGUUACUGAUUAGGAUGAUGAUGCUUUGCAUUCACUCAUUCAGUCAUUCAUUCAUUUACUCCCUCGUAUGACAUUUAUGCAUUAAAACAUUCACCACCUCACAAAAAUAACUUGUUCACAUGUUCGCCUGUUCACUCACUCGUAUGGCAGUUACAGAUGAAGACGAUUACCCAUUUGCAUUCCCUCAUUCAUUCAUUCAUUCACUCACUCAUAUGACAUUCAUCCAUUCAGUCGUUAAUUUACUCACUCGCAUGACAUAUAUGCAUUAGACCGAUCACUCACUCACUCACUCAGCAAAUUAACUUUCACAUGUUCAUCCGUUCACUCACUCAUAUGGCAGUUACUGAUUAGGACGAUGAUCAUUUGCAUUCACUCAUUCAUUCGAUCACUCAUAUGACAUUCCUCCAUUCACUCACUCGUAUACAUUGACGUAUUCAUCCAUUCACUCUCUCAAAUGACACUUGCUCAUCAAUAGAAUGAGCCAUUUUACAUUCAUUAAUUCAUAUAUCAUUUUAGUAAUCAUCCAUUAAUUUACUCAAAUGGCAUCACUUAUUCACACAUUAAAUCACGCCCUCACUCACUUAUAUAACAUUCAUUCGUUCAUUUACUUGCUCAUGUAAACAUUGACCCACUCAUAACAUUCACCCAUGCACUCAAUCACUCAUAUAUAUCCUUCCAGUAUACAGUUGUCCAUUCGCUCACUCAUUAAACUGUUGCGUAUUCAUUGACAUUGCUCGGGCAUUCAUGACAUCACAUUGACUCACAAACUUAUUCAGAAGAAAUUCAUGUCAUGCAACCCACACUACGAUCAUCCGGUAAAACCAUUCUCUGCUGUACCCCCAUAAGAGGUUUUAUGGGUCUGUAAUGUGAACCAGUAGUACUUCUCCGUUCUUGUGAGGUUAAAUACAACAACCAUGUGUCUAGAUUUCAGUUGGAGAAAGAGUGGGGAGGGGUGUGGCUGAUUCCGUCAAUACAUAACGCGGUUGUCAAAAAAUAUAUUGUUUUACACCGAUGUUUGAUAUGUCACCAUCUGGCGUGGAAAGAAAGGAAAUACACGGCAAACCACCCAUCACGCCAGCCCCACCCAGUAUAUAUAUACAUAUAUUUAUACCACUUAUCACCUCCAUGCGAUUAUACUUAAACCCAGUAGGAAGAACCUUCCAGCGUUUGAGGGUUUGAUCAACGCCUCUGGUUUGAAUCUCUGGUGGAGUUUCUUUUAAUAUAGUUGCAGGGUCCCGAGAUGCUUGUAACCUUCCAGAGGGUUCUAUCAGGUGCUACACACAAGGUUAUACACAAGGUUACACACAAGCUGACCUCACGCUGCCCAUGUAGCGAAAGCAUUAUCCAUACAGUACUGUUACUGCUUUUUGAAUUUACCUGUAUUUUUCCGUACUGUGUUUUAUACUGGGACAGGAGGUUUGUAAUUUACAAUUUGUAAGCGUUUUAUAUUAAGGUCAAGCAGGAAGACGGCUCCACAAUAAUCUUUAUUUUUUUGUGUAUUUUUGUAUGUAGGUCUGAGGAUACGUAAUUUUGCGUUGUGAUUGUUGUUUUCGUAUUGUAUGUUGGUCUUUAUUAAUAAUGUGACGUCAGUUUGUGUUUGUUAUGUUGCCACACAAAGAAUUUGUAAAAAAAUAAUAAAAAAAAGAUGAAAACUUAAAUGUAGUAAUAUUAGAGAGAUUAACACAUACGCACACACACACACACACACAGUUGUAUACUGCCCCUUUACUGUUGUGUUAAAUGCUCCGAAUUGCUAAAAUUGGGGCGGGGGGGGGGGGCAAUGACCCGAGUUGUCAGUCCCGUCAACUACCGGAGAUCACUAUGAGGUCACUUCCUGUGUUCAACCGUGAUGACGUCAUCCUGUCAGAUCCACCUGGGACCAUCUGUGAAUCCAGAAUCAUUUGACAUUUCGGAUGAGGUCAAAGGCUAUUUAAAAUAUUGGAUUUCUGCGCUCGUAUCCACGACCCAAAGGAAAUGUAAUUUUUGAAAAAAUAAACGAAAACUAAAGAAAUUCAACAAC